UUUUCAUUGUUCGUUCCAGUCUGACGUGUUUUUUUUUCAAGUCGAAAGGCGCUCUGCGGCAUUGCGCGAACUAUUGACCAAGUGACUAAGCUAAGUUGCAUCCGACGAGCCGGUGUGACUAACCGUAGCCCACAUAGAUAAGAGUCGCGUUGGCGCCUGAGAAAAAUCCAACUCUUGCUUAUAAAGAAGUGAUCCAAGAAAACCGGACUGCAUUUUCCGACCGAGAUCUAUAAGGAAUCGCCCUGCAGAAAAUCUCCUCGUUAUUGUUGUGAUCUGCUCGAAGAGAGAUAGUGAUGCGAUAAGAGCCAAGCGAUCGGGCGCGCAAAUCAAGUCUUCAAACACGCGGACCCAAUUCUGUUGUCGGCGUCCGCAAAUUUUCGGGUCGAUUGUAAAUCUUGUGUGACGUGGUUAUCUCCCAAUUCUGAGUUUUCCCCUUUCUGAGGGUUCAAUAUUUGUUCGGGUAAUUAUCAGCUUCUGUGCGGGUCGUUAGAACAGCACUAAUCUAACACAUUCUGGUUGGAACGUAAACCCGGUUGGCUGUUGUUGUCAGGACGUUCAAGUUCCUGUUUUAGAGAGAACGGGAUGGCCAGCGAAGUGAUGAGGAUAGAUCUGGCGAUUGACGAAACGGAUGUGAUUCGGGGAGCUGAAGAGGUGCUAAAGGUUAUCAGACCCCAUUGGCGCAGUGACAGCGUGCGGUUCAAGCUUUUUACCGAUGGAAUCACCAACAAGCUGGUCGGAUGUUUCAAUCAAAACAAUAACACCAACGAUGACGACGACGUUGACACCGUCGACAACGACACCAACGAUGUCGUGCUGAUACGGGUCUACGGGAACAAAACAGAUCUGCUGAUAGACCGGAAGAAGGAAACCGAGAACAUUCGGCUGCUGCACCGGUACGGUUAUGCGCCCACUCUCUACGCCACGUUCCGCAAUGGGCUGGCGUACGAGUUCGUGCCGGGCGUGACGCUCACUCCGGAGAGCUGUCGAGAGGAACGGGUGUGGCGGCUGGUCGCCAAGCGCAUGGCCCAGAUGCACAAAGUGCGCGACGGCUCCGUGGGCGACUGCAGCAAACCGAUGCUGCCGGACAAGCUGGAACAGUUCGUCAAGCUGGUGCCGGCGGUUUUUGGCGACCCGGUGAAACAUGCCAGAAUAUCGCAAAUCUUCCCCAACACGGACGAGUUGAGACGUGACUUUGACGAUCUAUACGAGCGGUUAAAACGGCUGAACAGUCCUACCGUAUUCUGCCAUAACGAUCUGCUGCUAGGAAACGUGAUUUACAAUGCCGAUCGGGAUGAAGUCACGUUCAUCGAUUAUGAAUAUGCCGCAUACAAUCACCAGGCGUUCGACAUCGGAAACCACUUUACGGAGUUUGCGGGAAUCGACCAAAUGGACUACGACCGGUACCCGUCGAAGGACUUCCAGCUGCAAUGGUUGCGAGUGUAUCUGACGGAAUUCAACGGUACGGAGUGCACUGAUAGUGACGUAUUGCGGUUGUACGUACAGGUGAAUCAGUUUGCAUUGGCGUCGCAUUUUCUCUGGACGGUGUGGGCGCUCAUCCAAGCGGAACAUUCAACCAUCGAUUUCGAUUUCAUACAAUUUGGCGAGACCCGCUAUCGUGAAUAUCUUCGACGGCGCGAUGAGUUCCUGUCGCUCACAUAUCAAAAUUAAUCCCAGAGGACUCAAUCGAAUGACGGCAAAUGACUAACCGGUCAUUGGAGAAUCGGAACUGAAAGUUCGAAAAGCAAUUAAAAAUAACUAUAUGUUGGCUCAGCUCAGCGUUAUUAGUUUAGUUAAAAAUCUCGACCCGCACUGCGAUAUUCAUUCCAAUUAUGCUUUUACAAAUGGAUAGUAAUUCAUCACAAUUAAUGUAUUGACGAAGCAGCAGUGCUUAACCGAAUCCAGGCCAAAGUAAUGUUUGUGUAGUUGCGUUUACUGUUUUUAUUUGUAGAACAAACUGACUCGAAAAUGUACAACAUUCGUUUUCUUAGGGUUAUGAUAUUCAAAUAAAAUUGAUUAAAUUUUCCAAACAGAA